AUGACCACCUUGCUUCCCAGCGAUAGGGACGACCUGCAAACACGCUUCCUUGCAGACAGCGGAGACCUGUUCACCGAUCCCAUGUCGGAAUACUUCGAAGCAGACUAUACAGCAGCAGCAUCACACAAAUUCCUGCCCUUCCGCCCCCCUCCCGCUCCGCAUGUUUAUACCCCAACCCUCAGCAGCCGGUCUUCCGAAGCGACGUCCGAUGCCGAAAGCGAUGAGAUAGCAUUGCCGGCAUUUGAGACGGAAGAGAUCGCGGCACCGGAUGACCAGUCUCAACCGUCAACGCCAAAGAUAACAGCCGCCAACACAGCGACUAACGAAGGGCUGGAUCCGUUGGCCGCGUUGUCCAGGACCUCGAGCGACGAUGCGUCGAUCGAAUCAGAGCCCGAAAGACAUGUAGACUACCUGUCGCACGACUGGCGCGAGGAAGACAUUUGGUCCUCGUGGCGCUACGUGGUGUCUCGCCGCGAUCGAUAUAGCAAUGGAGUGAGACUAGAGAAUGCAUCGUGGCGAACGUGGGCCAAAUCCAAAUACAGCUUACGGACUGUUUCGCCUGAAACAUUGAACUGGCUGAAGGAUUGUGAUGUGACCUGGCUCUACGGGCCGCUGCAAACAGAUAUCAAGUCACUUCCCGCCGCAUCUAACAGCAACAAACCCCCGCCGCCCAGCGGGCUGUCGUCGACCAACUCUUUCCUAGACCGAAAAUCUAUCCUCAAAAAGAAAACGGCCUCGGAGGCUAUUCUCCAACGCUCAUUAUCGCAACAUACCCUCUUGAAGCAUGCCGGGGCGAUACUGCAAGCUCAGAAAGCCGAACAUUCGCGGGGGAAACCUUCCUUUGAACGGGCCACGUCUGAUGUGGGUGCUCCCUUGGACCGAAUCCUGGACAGUCCAUACUGCACGCCUUCAGAGUCUGCCUCGUCGGGUUUGGUUUCGCCUAGUGAGAAACGACAUAUCCACUUCAACAAUGAAGUUGUGCAGUGUAUUGCAGUUGAAGCCAAGGAUUAUUAUGAAGAACGCGAUGUCGACCCAUCUUUAUUCUUCCUGGGCGAAGAGCUCGACGAUGAUUACGCCGGGUUCGACAAAGACGAUGACGACACAGAGUCCGACGAGGGAAUUGUGAUGAUGAAGACAUCCAAACGGUCCUCCUCGUCGUCGUCAUCAUCAUCAUUAUCGUCAUCCGCGACAACGCCUCAUACCAGCUUCCGCAGCGCUAGCAGCGAAAGCAAAACCAUUGCUCCUCUACCUCCAACUACCUUGAAAUGCCGCAGCGACACUCCUGAACCUAUCCCUACGCCGUGGAGCCCCCCAACCGAACUCUCCCCAACACCAUCUGUCGAGACUCUUCGGCCGUCGAGACCUGAGGCUAACUUCCUCCUUGACGACGACGACGACGACGAUAAAGAACACGUCGAUGCGCAGUGGCGUUUCGAUGGAAAGGGCUCGCAGAAACGCAGUUCCUCAAAGGCUUACGGUACCCAAUGCUACUACUCUUCGCGCGACCGUCCGUGGUUCGUCAACCCGGAGGACCGCGAGGAACUGGAAAAUAGCGACGACAGCAGCCGCGGCAAUCUGCAUCUGACGCCGUCGGGGAUGUUUAUGCCUUAUGACGAGGGGGAGUCGUACACGGGGGUGUUUGGCCGGAUGAUUGACACCGUCAACACGGCUCGCGAUAUUGCGCAUGUCAUAUGGAAUGUGGGAUGGAGGAAGUGA